AUGAAUGAUUCGACCUGCUGGCCAAAUUUAUUAGCUUGGCAAACUUUUAAUGAAUCCGUCAAUGGACGAUUAAUCUCUGUCCAACCAUCUGCUGCAUUUUGUAGCGGCAAUCCACCGGAUAUUAAUAUAUGCACUAACGCCCUUGCCCAAUGGACAAAUGCUACAUGGCGUAGUGAUCAAGUCGGAGCUAUGCAAAACCAUAAUUGGGAAAAUACUUCAUGUUCAGCUUACCUAGCUAAUGUUAUAUGUACUCAGGGAUCUGUUCCUCGAUUAGCAGUAAAUGCUUUAACUGCUGAACAUGUACAAGCUACAGUACAUUUUGCUAGUGUAAACAAUCUUCGAUUAGUGAUAAAAACUACUGGACAUGAUUAUUUGGGUCGUUCGACAGCCGCUGAUUCUUUGCUUCUCUGGCUUCAUUAUAUGAAAAAUAUGACUUUAAUUGACAAAUAUACAUCAUGUAGUGGUGAAAAUAUUUCGAAUGCUAUUCGUCUAGGCCCUGGUGCACAGUGGGGUGAAGUAUAUGCUUGGUUGUCUGCGUACAAUUUAACAGCAAUUGGAGGUGCAUCACCAACGGUAGGCGCGAUAGGCGGGUUUCUGCAAGGGGGUGGCCAUGGACCAUUGACCCGUUGGAAAGGUAUGGCAGCUGAUCAAGUUCUUGAAUUUGAUGUUGUCACCGCCGAUGGACAACGUCAAACAGUCAAUGCCUGUCAAAAUAAAGAUCUAUUUUGGGCCUUACGCGGUGGAGGUGGUGGAAGUUUUGCUGUUGUGCUUUCGGCAGUUUUACGUACUUUUCCUUCCCCAUCCAUGGUCAGUACUCUUUACAGCAUUUCUGCGGCGAAUGAAACACGUUAUGCUCGUUUCAUUCGAGACUUUAUUCGAUUUAUGCCAACAUUAGCUGAUGCGGGCUACGCUGGCUAUUUUUAUAUGAGAGAUACGAGUAUUGUCAUUGCAUUUUUCGUACCGAAUGGAGAUUUUUCUAUAACUACUGCGAUAUUCAAUCAAUUAAUGAAGAAUAAUACAGAUUUACAAUUUAUAUCGAAUUCUACCUUUCCAGUACCAUCAUUUUAUGAUUAUUUUGCGCAAAUAAUGGCUGCAUCGAAUCCUACCGGUGGUAAUGUUCUACUCGGAUCUCGUCUCAUUCCUGAAACAAUUGUUCGCCAACAACCUGAUCAAGUGGCUGACGUACUCUUCCAAACUAGAGGUCGCAAUGAAAAUCAAUCGAUGCUAAUCGGACAUCUGGUAGCUGGCGGACAAGUAUCUAAUAUAUCGAUUGAUAAUAGUAUCAAUUCUGGAUGGCGUACUGCACUUUUACAUAUGAUUUAUGCGCAAGGAUGGAGUGAAGAUACAUCUGCUGCUGACCAAGAAAUUCUUGCUUUACAUCUCCGAACUCAAGUUGAAAUUCUUCAAACUGUGGCUGGUGAUGCACAAUCAAGCUGUUAUUCAAACGAAGCCGAUCCGAAUGAACCAAAUUGGCAACAAAAAUUUUUCGGUACGCAAGCAAACUAUAAUCGAUUAAAAGCCAUUAAAAAAACUGUUGAUCCAAACAGUCUAUUCAUUUGUAAGAAUUGUGUUGGUAGUGAUGAUUGGUCCUCUGAUCUCAACUGUCCGAAAAACUCGAUGGCCAAUCGAGUCCAUGUCACAAUCUUUGUAGUUUUUCUCAUGAAACUAUUUCACGUAUUCGCAUGA